AUUAGAUUCUGUCAGUUAUCAGUUAUGGCACAGCUUAAUGCAGUUUUGCUUUUACAUUUUACAUUUUGGCCUCUGCUGUGUAUUGGUUUGCAGAGUCAGUAUAAAAGCAAGACUAAGUGUGUCUUUCAGGGAGAUGAAGAUACCUACAGCUUUUACAAGGGGGGAGAUGUCGUUUUGGGAGCGGUUUUUCCUUUGCAUUCCAGCCCCAUAUCAUCUUUUCCUUCUUUCAAGACCAAACCUGAGCCAACCAAGUAUAAAUUCUUCACUCCUAGAGCCCUGAGGUGGAUGCAGACGAUGAUCUUUGCUGUGAGAGAAAUAAACCAGCGGCAAGACCUUUUGCCAAACCUAUCCUUGGGCUACCACAUCAGGGACAGCGGUGAUGACAUACCUGUAUCUGUGAAGAGGUCUCUUCUUCUGGUCAAUGGACAGCCAGAGAAGGGCAGUGGACAAAGCUGUAAAGAUAUUCAAAAGCAGCCGAGCCCUGUAAUCGUGGGAGAUGCUGCAUCAGGAGUCUCCAUGGCUGUUCUGAGAACUCUAGUAUCCUUUAAAAUACCCCUGGUGAGCUACUUUGCAUCCUGUUCAUGUCUCAGUGACAAGAGAGAGUGUCCAGCAUUCAUGCGGACAAUGCCAAGUGAUCUAUUUCAGAUUAAAGCUUUGGUAAAACUUGUUCAUUAUUUUCAAUGGACAUGGGUUGGGGUAAUCGGUGUCGAAUCAGAUUAUGCUCGCUUUGCUCUCCAGCUUUUCUUAAAGGAGUCCGAAAGAUUUGAUAUUUGUCCUGCUUAUGUUCACUUCUAUCCUGUUGUACUGAUGCAAGAUGCAGUGGAGGAACUUGUGAACAUUUUAAAAUCGUCUUCUGCCACAGUCAUAGUAAACUUCUCUGGGGAAUCAGAACUACAAAGUAUACUAAAAGAGUGCAGACGGCAAAAUGUUACUCAUCUUCAGUGGAUUGCCAGUGAGGCUUGGGCCACAUCAAAAGCCCUCUGGGGCGAUUUUGGUGAUCUGUUAAAGGGAACAUUAGGGUUUGCCAUUCGGAGAGCUGAUAUCCCACAUUUUGGUAGUUACCUCAGAAGAGUAAAUGCUUCUGUUGCUCAGAAGUCACAUUUUCUCUCUGAGUUUUGGGAAGAGACUUUCCGUUGCCGACUGAAUGGGUCCUUAAAUACUCAUGUACAUGGAGAAGAGGCACAUAACUGGCCACCCUGCAAUGGCAGUGAGAGUUUGGACGAUGUAUACACUCCUUAUUCAGAUGUGUCACAACUCAGAGUCUCAUACAAUGUUUAUAAGGCUGUGUAUCUCAUAGCACAUGCACUACAUGACAUGAGCAAAUGUGAACCAGGAAAAGGCCCCUUUCAGAAUGGGGCAUGUGGGAGUCUAUCUCAAGUUCUGCCAUGGCAGCUCCUGUACUAUAUGAAAAGAACACAUUUCACAACACUAGGGGAAGAGGUCAGAUUUGAUGAUAAUGGUGAUCCCAUUGCAUCCUAUGACCUGAUGAACUGGCAAAGAGAGUCGGAUGGCUCCCUUCAACUAGUGAGGGUGGGAUUCUAUGAUGCCUCCCUCGAAGAUGACAUGGACCUAGAAAUAGAUGAGCCAGCAAUUAUGUGGCACAGAGGAGAGAAGGCACCAGAAUCACUGUGCAGUAAAAGCUGUCUGCCAGGCUCCAGGAAGGCCAGGCAGAAAGGAAAGCCAGUCUGCUGCUUUGACUGUAUACCAUGUGCUGAAGGAGAGAUCAGUAAUCAGACAGGUGUGAAUUUUCUCAAAGCUCCUCACUUUUUGUUUUUUAGGUAG